AUGCCUCGCUGGCUGUUGUACGGCAUGCCACAAGAUCUCGUGGGCGGUCAUUCCCAGAUUCGCGCGCAUCAUCCGACCGCCUGCGAGGGCGUCGUUUCCCUGGGCGCCGGCCCUCCCUGCAGCUCGUGGCAGGGCUGGCGCUGCUGGUUCCUGGCUCGAACUCCCCACGUCGCUACCUCGGCGAGCGGCGCACGCGUGGUGGGUGGGGCCCAGACGAAGAAGGAGAAGAACAUGAAGAGAGAAACGCAGGUCACUUUUGCUGCGCUCUAG